AUGCUUUCUAAACAGACCCUAAAUUUAAUUGAAAAAACAAAUAUUUUUGAAAAUUCAAUUAAAUGGAUUGCCUCAAAAGAAAAUGAAAAAAUAUCAAAAUUAUCUACAAAUGAGGCUCUAAAUUUAAUUGGAAAUAUAAUUUUCUUUGGGAAUUUGUUUAAAAAUUGUUUAUCCGUUUGUUUGUUGGAUUGGGCCUAUUUAGUUAAUAGAAUAUUGAAAUAUUGUGCUUUUAUUGUUACUGAUAAUAAGAAAAGUAAUUGUUGGCAUCACCCUUUGCUUGGAUGGACUUCUGAAAGAAUUGACGGAGGUUAUCAAUGGGCAUUUACCCGAAUGAUUAAACAAAUAUCUUUACUUUGGAGUAAAGAAAUGGUUGAAUUUCUUGCUAUAAAAUUUUUUACAAAUUUUGAUGAAGCAAAAUUGGCACAGCAACAAAAUAUGAAUAAAAGAAAAGAUUCAAAAUCUUUUGCAGAAAUUCCAACAUUUCCAACAAUAGACAACAAAUUAACUUCAGAUUUUUUGCAAAAAUUUAUUGGCAAAUUUGGUUCAAAAAAACACCAAGAAACUGUUGGAAGUAUACAAGCUGUUGCUCUACCUCCUUUUACUUCACCAAUAAUUUUUUGUCAACUUUAUCAAAAUGCUUUGUUGGCUUUUUAUAAUUCGAGGAUUGAAAUACUUUCAAGUUUAUCUCGCAACGAUUCUCUCGUUUUGGCCAAAUUAUGGCAUUAUAUAAACCCCGAUGUUAGCAAUACAGAAGGCUUUAAAACAUGUUUGGGCUAUUUGGUAACUGACCCAAGUGUAACCUCUCCCCAUUUUGCUCCACUUCAACUUUUUGGGGAAAUUGCUUAUUCUUUAAUUUCAAUUUUAGACGAAAAGGAAAUGUAUGAAACUGAGAAGCCUUUUACUAGAAUACAACUUUGCCAAAUUGCAACUUUUGCCAAUCGGUUUUGUUUUCAUGCAAUUUGGGAUUCGCUUAUAGACUUUGAAAAUCGAAGGUCUUCAUUACUUUUCACCAGUAUGUAUAAUCUACUAAAUAUCCUUUUUAAUCGUGAUUGUAGAAGACAAUUUACUCCAUCAAAAAAUUUUUGGACAAUUCCAGAAAUUAGUUUCAAAGCAUUUGUGACUGAAUUUGAAAGGAAUGAAAUUUCUAAAAGAGCACAACUUUUAAUGGAAAAAAUGCCUCAUAUAAUUCCGCUUCGCGACAGAAUUUUUCUUUUUCGAAAAUUUAUACAACAAGAUAAAGAAUCAUUUUCUAACUCUAAUACAAUUAUUACUGUUGAAAGGUCGAGGAUAAUUGAAGAUGGUUAUCGCCAACUCGGAGGAAUUAACCCACACAUAUUAAAAGGAAUAAUUCGUGUUAAAUUUAUUAAUCAACAAGGAUUAGAUGAGGCAGGAAUUGAUCAGGAUGGGGUUUUUAAAGAAUUUCUUGAACAAAUUUUGAAAAAAGUAUUUAUUCCAGAGCUUAAUUUAUUCAAGUAUACUCAUGAUAAAAUGUUAUAUCCUUCUCCAACCUCAAAUAUCCAAGAAAAUCAUUUGGAGCUAUUUAAAUUUGUUGGUUGUUUGCUAGGAAAGGCUAUUUAUGAAGGAAUUUGUGUAGAUGUUCAAUUAGCUCCAGUUCUUUUAGCUUCAGUUUUAAAUAAAAAAUUAUAUCCAUUUGAUGAACUUGCAAGUUUGGACCCUUUACUUUACAAAAAUUUGACUUAUGUAAAACAUUAUAAUGAAAGUGAAGAUGUUGAGGAUUUGGCGUUGACUUUUUCUUUUCAGGAGAAAUUUCUGGGAAAGAUUUAUACCCACGAGUUACUUCCUGGUGGACGUGAAUUAAAAGUAAAUAACGAAAAUAGAAUUUCCUAUCUUCAUCUUUAUUCCCAUUAUCGAGUUAUUAAGCAAGUUAAAAACCAAACAAUUUAUUUUGUUAACGGUUUUCGUUCUAUUAUUAAAGAAAAAUGGUUGACUUUAUUCAAUACACAUGAACUUCAAUUUUUAAUUUCUGGUCAAUUAAGUGAUAUUGAUUUGGAUGACCUCAAAAAACAUGUUCAAUAUUAUGGAGGAUUUCAUAGCAAUCACAGACUUAUUAGAUGGUUUUGGUCUAUUGUACAAAAUGAUUUUAGUUGCGAGGAAAGACAUUUAUUUUUAAAGUUUGUCACAAGUUGUUCUCGUCCACCACUUCUCGGAUUUGCUUAUUUAGAACCUCCCUUCUCCAUUCGUUGUGUUGAAACUUCUGAUGAUUUAGACCAUGGGGAUACUUUGGGAUCUGUAAUUAGAGGAUUUUUAGCAAUAAAUAAAAGGAAGCAACCGACAAAUGAACGUCUCCCAACUGCCUCAACUUGUUUUAAUUUGUUGAAGGUUUUUUUUAUUAUUUUUGGGGUCUAUCCGGUUAUCACGCUCCCUCUCUAUUUUUUACUUUUCCUCUCUGUUUUUUUUUAUUUUUCUGAAAAAAAAUUAAAAAUAGUCAAGGACUCAUAA